AUGGCCAUUUGCGAAGUCGCUCAGACAGACCCAGGUGCAGCGGGUGGCGACUUCUCAAGGGGACGAGCCGAGUCCCGUUCUCAGGUUUCCUUUGUCCCACCCUUUCUACCACCCCAGCGGGCUUCUUGGACUCUGGUCGUUCGAAAAGCCCGAUCUUGUGUCUCCCACGGCUUGGCUGAUAGCAAACGUCCUGUCAGUUCCCAGUCCAACGGAACCGGCUACAACAACGAGCAGGCGGGCGGGCACCAAGCCAUCGAGAGGGAGAUUGAAUCCUUGGAGUACUAUAGGACAUUCCUCGCACGCCUCCUUGACUUUGUUUCUCACGGCGAACCCGGGGCUGUCGACAGGUUGUUUCAGUUUAUCCGUUCAGGCGCUUCACAAGAACAGAUCUUCGAUACGCUGGCUGAGCUCAGAGCAGUCGCCGGUUCUGGACAGACUGAGAACAGGGGAUAA